AUGUCUUACAUUUAUGGGAAGAAGUUUGUUGGCCCAGCCACCCCAGUUGUACUGGAAUUGAGAAAUGAACUCUACAAAGUCCACUAUGAUGAGAUUGACUGGAACAAAGCUCGUACUGAAUGUGCUAAGGAAGAUAUGUACAAUCCGCAUUCGUCAGUUCAGGAUAUACUUUGGUCUAUUCUUCACAAGUUUGUUGAACCAGUUCUGAUGCAUUGGCCUGGGAGAAAACUGAGGGAGAAAGCUCUUGCCACUGCCAUGAGGCACAUUCACUAUGAAGAUGAGUGCACUCGAUACAUCAACCUUGGUGCUGUACCCAAGAUUUACGAUGGAAGCCAAGUGUGGGACGCAGGUUUAACAGUUGAGGCCCUUGUGGCUACCGACUUUGUCAAAGAGAUUGGACCAACUCUUAAUCGAGCGCAUUCCUUCCUUAAGAAUUCGCAGUUGCUUGACAACUGCCCCAGAAAUUUUGAAUACUGGCAUCGCCACAUCUCCAAAGGUGGAUGGACAUUUACUACAGCUGAUGAUGGUUGGCAAGUUUCAGAUUGCACUGGAACAGCAUUAAAGGCUUGUCUACUGUUAUCAAAGAUUUCUCCUGAAAUCAUUAGCGAACCAUUGGAAACUGAUAGACAAUAUGAUGCUGUCAAUUGUCUGAUGUAUUUCAUGAAUAAUAAUGGUGGCUUUUCAACAUUUGAACGCAUCAGAUCUUAUGCAUGGCUGGAGUAUAUUAAUCCUUCCGACGCAUUUGGGCGUGUAAUGAUUGAAUACCCGUAA